AUGAAUCUGAUCAAUGGUUUAAUAUGGCUUUACAUAUGCAUAUGUAUAGUGCAGGCCAAAGUCACAUCCAAGGAUGCAUUGAAAUGGAAUAGAGAAUUUUCGUUGCCCAACUUACUAGAAUUGAAAGAUCCACAAAAGGAACUCUCGCAGUGGUCGUUAACGGACAAAGUCAAGCUUGAAGAAGGCAGGUUUAUCUUGACCCCUGGGAAGAAUACAAAGGGCUCGCUUUGGAUGAAGCAAGAUUACAAAAUCCAGGAGGCAGUGACAGUAGAAUGGACGUUUAGAAGUAUUGGGUUCAGAGGCAGUACCAGGGGUGGGCUUGCGUUUUGGUUCGAACAGGGGAAGUCAGGAGAUGGUACGGAGGUGUUUGGUGGAAGCUCCAAGAAAUUUGAUGGGUUGAUGAUUCUGUUACAUUUAGAUGACAAGUUAGGCGAAAGUGUGACAGCAUAUUUAAAUGACGGAGCCACCGACUUCGACGCUAAGAGCGCUUCGCAUUUUGCGUCAUGCCUAUUUCAAUACCAGGAUUCCAUGGUACCAUCCACAUUAAGGUUGACGUAUGACCCGCAAAGCGAUCACUUAUUGAAGUUGCAAAUGGACAAUAGAGUGUGCUUCCAGACAAGAAAGAUCAAAUUCAUGGAUAAGACCCCGUUCAGAAUUGGGGUGAGUGCUGUAAACGAUGCAUCCAAAGAGUCGUUUGAAAUUUUGAUGAUGAAGCUUUAUGACGGAGUCAUCAAGGACUCGCUUAUUCCCAACGUGAAUCCGAUGGGCCAGCCAAGAGUGGUCACAAAAGUGGUCAAUACGCAAACGGGCGAAGAGAGUUUCAAGGAAAGGAUGCCCUUCGAUGGCAAGAGAGAAAGCAUAACGAGCAACGAGCUUUUCGAGAAGAUGAACCGGUUGGAAGGGAAAAUUAUGGCAAAUGACGUCAACCCACUGCUCGCCAAGAUGAACAAAAUUGUGGAGAAUGAGCGUGAACUGUUUGAGCACUUAAGACAGGUGCUUGAUCUUAAAAAAGCGGGAGGAAGGCUGGACCUGGGCGAUGACAGUUUUCAAGAUUUCCUGUCGAUGAACGCAAACCUAGACAAACUAAUAAAAGAGCAACAAAGAUUCCGGCUAGAGUCCAAGCUGCACGGCGAGGAGGGCGGCGGCCAUAACGAGAUCUUCUCUAAGAUAUUCAUUUGGCUGAUCCCGUUGAUUUUCAUCAUGCUCACGUUGACGUACUACAUGUUCAGAAUAAACCAGGAUAUCAAGAAAGUUAAGCUUCUAUAG